AUGCGCUGCCUGGCAACAGCUGCGCUGCUUGCGGUUGUGGUGUGCUUGGCAACGCUGCACCUGUGUUUGUUCACAGCCUGGUACUCUUUCGGCCGCAAGCUGUUCACGCGAAGGGAGAAUGUCCACUUCAAGGACAUCGAGCUGGCCAUUGAGAUUGCAAGGGCUUCCCCCAUCCGGGACACAGACACGACGUCCAAGGAGCGACGCUUGGCCCUACUCUUCAUGCUGCGGACACAUUUGGUGGAGAUAGACGUUUGGCAAAGGUGGCUGCAGCCGAAAACUGACACGACAGGCGGCUCCGUCGAAGAGCCACGGGUUUCUCUGUAUUUUCACGUGACCGACUUGCAGGCCGCAGGACCAGAAGUUGUGCAAGCGCUCCAGGCGCUCCCCGGCACUAGGAAGAUCAUCGCUCCGGUGGCGACUGGCUGGUGUGAGCUGCUUGCUGCCGAGGUGGCAUUGCUGCAAGCUGCUUUGCUCGACGAUCCCGGCGCCGCAAUGUUUGUUCUGCUGCCACACGAUGCCAGAGUCUUGGUCAGGUUUGUCGAAACGGCCUGGUUAUGCUUCGACGUGGGAACUGGCAAGUCAUGGCUUUUCUGCAUGCAUACCGCAGCGUUUGCCCAAGUCCACUACCAGUGGAAGAAGCUCUUUGCUACCAUGUGUUUCUUUAUUCAGACGGACAGGGUCUGCAUGGACAAAGCUUCCGCCAGCGCACUUCGCGGCGGAGUCGCCGCAGCCGUGGUCCAAGCCAUCUGCGUUCCAGCCUUUAUGUGGAUGCGAACCGUGACGAACUACCAAUACCGGCACGGUGGUCGAGUGCUAGAUGUUGCUCGGAGAUUAUAUGCAGAAGGUGGUCCACGUCGCUUUUACCGAGGCGUCGUCCCUGCGCUGGUGCAAUCACCAGUCCUACGAUUCGGUGGUUUGGCAGUUAACGAAGGUCUUCUCUCAGUCACAGCCAAUUACUCCGUGUCUCACACGGCCACAGCAGCUUUGUCUUCUGCUGCGGCGACCGGUCUGAAGAUACUCCUCAUGCCGCUCGAUGCAUGGCAGACUGCCAAGCAAGUGAAUGGCCAGCAGGGCCUGACCCUGCUGAUGAUCGAAGCUAAGAAGCGGCCACUGAGCCUGUGGAGGGGCACCGCAGGAUGUUUGACUGGAACCUGGGUUGCUCACUAU